AUGGCUAACAUUGUGAAGAUUACGAUGUGGGUCACGCCGUCAACGACAAACACUGCACCCCUGCGUCCGCAAAGGCUACAAGUAUCGACACCUCAGGCGGAUAUCUUGGUCAUCGCAGACCACCCGUGCCUCAAGACGCUCUUGUCAGUAAAUGUGCAGCAUGUUGCGGUAUAUAGCGUGCUCGAACGCGAGUGGUUUAUCCAACCCCUCGAUCUUCCUAUCGCUCUCCCGACAGGCUCUGCUAGCACCCGCCGUGUUCUUAUCCGCCAUACUACUCUCCACGACGACGACUGUGGUGAGCUCGCCGAAGAGCUCAAUUCAGUGACCGGAGGUCCUCUCAAGCGACGCUCGGUCUCAGUUCCGGCGACCCCCACAAAGGUUCGCAAGUUUUCCUCUGCUGCGUCACCGCACACGCCGCGCGCCCAGGCUACGGCGGCUGAGUGUAUCAAUCAAACUCUUCCCUCUUUGAUGGCAGAAGUGGAAAACGACCCCGCACCAACAGCGGAGAUCGUGUUCCCCGAGCAGACAGUACCUCCUUCGGUCACUCCUGUCGCCACUACCUCUACUCUCCCUGCCCCCGUCUCCGAGACUUCGAGUGCCGCCUCCAGUCUGCAUCGUCCCAUCAAAGCUAUCCCUUUCCCCCCACGCUACGCUUGCGACAUGCAUGCAGGCAUGUCCUUUCUGGUAGACGAUGCAUGCACACUUGCCGACCACAACAAGGACCCAGAGCCGUACUUCAAACUUGCCUUCCCAGGUUCCAAGUAUGUGCGUGCUACGUUCUACGAGCAUCGCAGGUUCUACUGUUUGGCUCGUGAGGAUGGCACCCUCCCCCAUGCGGUUUCGGCCGGUCGCACUCCCGACGGAAUGUGGACUGUCCUGUCGAAGCGGUAUAGGGCCAGCGGUGGCAAAGGAUCCACUGCGCCGCGGCGGUCAGUAUCGGCGGGUGCCGCGUCCCCGGUUUCCAUUAAUGACGCUCAACUUGGAGCCAUAUCCCGUGGCAUGUCCGGAUCUGGUCGACCUUCAGAGCCAACCCAGACAUCGCAGAAUGCCCAUCCUGAGGCGCCGCUGACGUACGUCUCUCACACCGUUCGACUGGAGUGGUUUGAGGGUGUCGGCACGAUGUUUGGCUCACGCUGGGCUCCGAACACGGAGAGUAUUGAGGCCCUGAUUGCGGAGCAACCGUGGGCCCACGGACGCAGAAAGGACUGUCAUCAAAUGACGAUCACGGAGCCCAGUCGUUUUGUGGGUGCCUACCUGGCAAAGACCGUGCGCCUGGAUGUUCUCCCGGUUGAUUGGGAAAAACAUUACCACACUCUAGCCAGCGUUCAGAUGCGAGAGGCCGCACGCCUCGCCCGUGCUGCUGAUAUCGUUGGCAUGUUCAUGUAUGAGGCCAGCGAAAAAUGUCUUGGGAUCCGUUGGUUUACCUUUACACCCACUUAUUCUGUUACGACGGUGCCGGAUGGCAGUGUUUCUUGGAUUGCCCAGAAACUGUUGAUCGGCACUGGCAAGCCAUAUCCAUCCGACAAGGACGCCCGCCCCGAUAGCUCUCUAUCACUGACGUUGUCCGCGUUUUCGCACUACACAAUCGAGCGCUAUGAGGUCUUACUCACGAAUCUUGAGGGGGGAUACAUCCACAUCUCUGACUAG